CAACUUGUUGAAAUCCCACGGCUAAACAACAAACCACAUCAAUCAAAACCAGAAGAAAAGGAGAACUGAGACCGGAACAGCUGUAACACGGUGAAGAACAAGGACGUGGCACCGAGCCGACCUCUGCUACUCCACCCAAGAGAGGCUGUCGCGAAUCCACGACUGCGCAGGCGCCGACCGUGCUGCCGAGGCGCCUUUAAAGUGUGCCCGGAAGUGACGCGAGUCGUGCUGGUCGCAAGCUAGGGAAGGGUUGAGCGAAUCGCUGAGGCUAGCGGGCCCGGCGGGCGUCCUCGGCCACUAUGAGCUGCACGAUCGAGAAGAUCAUGACAGACGCCAAGACGCUGCUGGAGCGUCUGCGCGAGCACGAUGCGGCGGCCGAGUCCCUGGUGGACCAGUCGGCCGCGCUGCACCGGCGGGUGGCGGCGAUGCGGGAGGCGGGCGCCGUGCUACCCGAGCAGUAUCAAGAGGAUGCACCCGACGUGAAGGACAUGUCUAAAUAUAAACCUCACAUUCUGCUGUCCCAAGAGAAUACCCAGAUUAGAGACUUACAGCAGGAAAACAGAGAGCUGUGGGUUUCCUUGGAGGAACACCAGGAUGCUUUGGAACUCAUCAUGAGCAAGUACCGGAAACAGAUGUUGCAGUUAAUGGUGGCUAAAAAAGCAGUGGAUACCGAACCGGUUCUGAGAGCUCACCAGUCUCACUCUGCAGAAAUUGAAAGUCAGAUUGAUCGAAUCUGUGAAAUGGGGGAAGUGAUGAGGAAAGCAGUUGAGGUGGAUGACAGCCAGUUCUGUAAGAUUCAGGAGAAACUGGCGCAACUAGAGCUUGAAAAUAAGGAACUUCGAGAAUUAUUAUCCAUCAGCAGUGAGUCUCUUCAGGUCGGAAAGGAAAGUUUUGUGGAUCCUACUUCUCAGCCCAUCAAAUAACUGAACUUCUGAACGCAGGCUGCAGAUGGUCCAUCCAGGAGAGAAGUGACGACCUCUCCGUAGGACUUGUCCCUUCAAGAGUCCUGCCACAGACUUGACUUAGUGUUGAUUAGAGGUUUGAGUUGGCUAGUCAUUGUCCACAGAACAGUGUGGGGUGUAUUAGUGAACACAGAGGCGUCUCCCAUUCCUUUGUCAGAGACUACAUUUAGUUUUGACUCUGGGACCUGAAUUUAUAUAAACUGUUGUUUUCAGUUCAUGUUUGUUUUCACAUCUCUGAAAUCUGAACGUUUUAUUAUAAGCCAGUGAUUUUAUUUUAUAUAGGGUUAUAAAAUUGACUUCUAAGAAUUUUUAAGAGAUCGAACUUUUUUAAAGUACAUGUUUGGCAUAAACCAAAUUUUAUUUUCUUUUUCCACUUACAAAAGUGACAUGAUUCCCAGAAGCGGACUGGCAGCCCCUCUGAGUUGAGCCACUCAUCUGUGGAGUUUGGAUUCUCUCUGGUGCUAGGAGCUGGCACCUCGUGGUUGGGUGUCUUUACUCUUAAUUUGAGAGAAUCUAUUCCUAAUCCCUGGGAAGUAUACUUGAAAUCAAGUCAUCUGGGUUUGGAUUGUUUCUCCUCCUCCCCAGAAUCACACAGAGAGUGCUGAGGAACUUGGACCUGCCCUGUCUAGUGCGGUCCCAUGUGAGCACUAAUUUAAAUGCCAAAAGUACCUUUUAUUUAUUUGAUCAAGUAGUCAGUUUCCCAUUUUGUUUGACUAAGGAAUCUUCAGCUUAGGUAGAUUGCCGACUAUGAAGAACACAUCAUAGUUUGCAGGCACUGUACCCACUGUUGAAUUGAUCUGGCUGUGGCGGUGAAGAACGGCUCUGCUUGGCUGGCUCACGCUGGCGGGAGUGGUCUGCUGUCUUAGAUGUUUGGUUUCUACAUGGAAACACUUUUAUCACCGACAGAAAGUUACUACAUUCCUGGUGCCACGCGGGCAGUUGAGAACAGCACUAAGAUCCGGCCGCAUGGAGGCUCUGCUAGUUCCCUUGUGGGUCUUCUCUUGUCCUGGUUUGCUCGAAUUUAUACAUAAUUUCUUCUAUGCUAUUUGUUUGCCCAAAGAGACUGAAAAAUCUUAACCCUGUCAAUAUUUGUGACAGCUCAGCCCCAUACCACAUGAGAAAGGUGGUAUUAAAAAAGAUCUAAUGUUUUAUAUAUCAUAAACCUUCUUUUGUAUCCAGAA